CCAAACUCAAAUGGCCACCUUACUCCCUAAGCGGUAGCUGAUUAACUCCAAUACAUCAAUGUUUAACCACUAGUUAGUGUGGUAGAGUUGGAUUACAGCCUUCUAGGCGUUCCAGUAAGCUCUGAAGCGGUGCGGUGCGGUCCGACCCGAACCGGUUCGGACCCGGACUUUAUGUUUGAAUAGUUAUCCCAUUCAUAAAAUUCAUAAAGACAGACCGGUACUGAAGGGAUCGAUCAAUCUUAUAGCCUGCAGUCAUACCAGUUUAUUAUUCUUCGAAUUUCGGGUGUUUUUUGCUAAUCGAUUCAUACCUGGAAAUGGAAGAGCAUGGGGAGCAUCAGGGUCAGCACGAAAGAUCGUUCCUGGGGAAUAUAGCUGAGAAGAUUCACCAGAGUGGCAGCUCUUCUUCCUCCGAUUCUGAAUCUGACGAAAAGCCCGUGAAGUCUGAGGCGUCACAUUCAUCCAAAAACGCUAAGAUUUGGCGCUUUUUCGGCCGGGAACGACCGGUUCAUAAGGUUUUCGGUGGAGGCAAACCUGCUGAUGUGUUUUUGUGGAGGAACAAGAAGAUAUCUGCUGGACUCCUUGGUGGAGUUACCACUAUUUGGGUUCUAUUUGAACUGCUUGAGUACCACCUUCUAACACUGGUCUGCCAUGUCUUGAUCAUUGCUCUUGUAGUUUCGUUCUUGUGGUCCAAUGCAUCAUCCUUCAUCAACAAGUCUCCUCCCCGAAUCCCUGAAGUCCACAUUCCAAAGGAUCCAUUCAUUCAGGUUGCUUCUGCCUUGAGAAUUCAUAUAAACAGUGGUUUGCAUUUACUACGAGAAAUUGCAUCCGGAAGAGACCUGAAGAUGUUUCUUGUUGUAAUUGCUGGUUUAUGGAUCCUCUCAGUUAUUGGCAGUUGGUGCAACUUUUUAUCAUUGUUCUAUAUAUCGUUUGUAGCACUGCACACUGUUCCUGUGAUAUAUGAGAAGUAUGAAGACAAGAUCGAUCCGCUAGGGGAGAAAGCGAUGGUGUGGGUGAAGAAGCAAUAUGCAGUGUUUGAUGAGAAAGUACUGAGCAAAAUUCCUAAAGGGCCAUUGAAGGACAAGAAGAGGGCAUGAGAAGAGUGCAGCAGGUUAACUAUGUGUAGUCUAUAUAUAUAAUCGUGUGUUUGUGAUUAUAUGAUGAUUUGUUUUUGGGGUUCUUCACAUAUGAUGAAUUUAGACAGAUUUGACGUAGUUAGCGUUUUGUGUGUGUUUCUUUGAAGUAGCAUACAAAAUCUCUGUUGUACUAUGAAACUUGAUGAUAUCUCGCGCUCCAUAAUGGUCAUGUUUUUAGUUGAACUGCUUUCAUCAGACCAGAUUUGGACAGUCAUAAAACGUACACGUACAGAGGCUAUACAUUUAUUUUAGAUCUGACCAGGUUAAAAAUUUCAGUCUAAAUAAUUUUUAUUUUU